GUUCUGGUGGAGUACACCGCCUGAAUAAAGAUGAGGCGAGGCCCGUUGAUCGCGUGGUUGCUUCGCAUGCGGGCAAUGACACUUUUGACGUCCAGUCCAGUUCUCGCGGGAGACUGCAAUGCCACCUCGCCUUGGACAGUGUCCCGAGAAACCUACGAGGACAUUCCGGACGCCGCAUUCAAGUCACUCAUGCGGUGUCCGGUAGACAUGCACGGCUGCUCUGACGACCUGUUUAGCUGCGAGCCCGGGACCUACGUUGCCACCUGUUCAUGCGCGCCGAACUGCAGAGUAUACAGGGACUGCUGCUGGGACAUGGAGUUCUCCCUUGAGGACGAGUCUGAAUUUCCGGAGAUUUCCUGUGUACCGGUUCAACUUUCAUCUAGGCUGCUAAAGUACGUCUACAUGGUAGUUGGUUGCCCGCCCUCGUGGCCGCACGACGAAGUGAGGAAAGCCUGCGAGAGCGCGGAGUCGUUUAACGAGACCUUCUAUCACAUCCCGGUGACAAGCAUCAAUCAUGUCACUUACAGGAAUGGUUUCUGCGCGCUCUGCAACGACGAUGUCGCGAACGUCACCUUCUGGAACGCCGCUUUGAUCGGACCGAAGAAACCUGUCCGGGUCUCCCUGCCUCAGUUUCUUAGCGGCGAGCCAAAGUUGUACCUGAGGCCCUGCGUCAUGGACAAACCUGACGACUUGUGCGAUCAACAUGUCGCCGAACACAUCUCGGACAAAUGCAAAACAUACUACGCACCCGUCAGCGACGCGGGAGAUCCCUACUCACCGGUCUAUCGGAAUGUAUACUGUGCCACAUGCUACGGCGCCAACGUGUCCCGACUGUCUUGCAGCCGAACGAGGCAUGUGGCCAACUUCACCAUAACAGGGCGCAGGCGCCCAGCCGGACAAAAGAGACCCGCUGCCGCACGCCCUCCAAACCUGGCCGCCAUAUUCAAGCCCGUGGUUAGCACUCCUACCUGCUACGCCCAACACAACGGCCACUGCUACAUCAGGGACGCCCCGAUGCCGAAGAAAAAUGGCCCGCUAAUGCUGCGUCGUGGAAACAGAGUUGCCAACGGAACACCACCUGCUCAGCCUCGCGGCCACAAUGCCGACGCUCCGCCAAGCACGUACAACGUAUACAACUACGUGACGGUCUUCUGCAUGUCCCUGUCUGUAUGCUGUCUCGCGUGCAAGGUCGUCGUCUUCUGCGCUUACAAAGGGUCCCGAAGCUUCUCGUCCAAGUGUACUCUGUGUCUAUCGGUCACGCUGCUGGUCACCCAGCUGCUGUACUUGCUCACAAGCCUUGUCGAUGUGCAAGGAGUGCCGUGCGUGGCCAUCGCCGUGCUCGUCCACUACGGCUUCCUGUCGACCUUCUGCUGGACUGGCGUACUGUCUUAUGACAUCUGCAGUAACAUCACUUCCGUCAAGCUCUCUUCUGCUCGCAAUAGGACUCUAGCUUUGUACGCCACGCUGUCCUGGUGUCUACCGCUGCUCGUUGUCGCCGCAGCUCUGCUCGUGCACUGGCUGGCUCCGGCUUCCGUGGUGUCGCCCAGCUAUGGAACCGUGGCUUGCUGGAUUGGCACCCUGUGGGGUUUGGUCGUGUACUUCCUGGUUCCCAUGGCAACGCUCACGCUCUUCUCCCUCUUUGUGUACCUUAAGACUGUGUUCUACAUCCGUGACAUCGCGUCCAACGCUGCUGGCGCUCGAGAGGGACAAGAAGUGGGCGCCAGCGCGGACUGUGAGCGCAAACGGCAUCGCGCCCGCAUGGCGCUGUUCUGCCGCCUCGCGCUCAUCAUGGGAGCCGCAUGGGCGGUCGCUUUCUUAGGCACAUUUCUGCCUUUCGCCGAGAUAGACGUUGUAGUGAACGUUCUCGUCGGACUACAAGGGCUGUACCUUUUCGUUGCUUUCAAGGACUACCGCUUUUUUUGGGGGUCGAUUGCAGGCCGGCAGAAAGUAGCAGUCAGGGGCAGCCGCGGAACUUCCCAAACCAUCAUCACCUCAUCGAAGAAAAACUGUAUCUCGGAGUGACUGUGACGCGCUGUGACCGGCAGCAAAAGGAUGCCGCCGGGCCCUCUGCUUGCGAGUGCGUGCCUUCAGUUCUUUUUGGAUUCUUUUGUUCUUGAAACUUAACUUCAUUCAUUUAUAUUUUGAUUUUGCAGCAUAGCUUUCGCCACAAGAAACCAUGAACAGCACCGCGAUGUGCUAACACAAUAAAGACCACCCCCCUCUCACCCCCUUUCCCCUUACGGAUAACAUACAAGAUCCAGA